CCCGUCGUGCACUUGUGCUGCCGCGCAAGCGCAGACGGGUUUAUUUAGUAUACAGACAACCGGAAGCUCCACAAUUGACCGAACGGGAUAGUGCCUGGUGUGAUGGAGAGGUGAUGUGCCCACAGCCAGAGGAGUGAUAAGGCCAGAGCCAUGACCGAGUGCUUCCUGCCCCCCAGCAGCAGCCCUGCCGAGCAGCGCAGGGCCGAGCACCCGGGGGGCGUGGCCCGCACCCCCAGCUCUGAGGAGAUCAGCCCCACAAAGUUCCCUGGGUUGUACCGCACCGGCGAACCGUCGCCGCCUCACGAUGGCCACCAUCACGAGGCACCUGACGCCUACGUCUCAGACGACGACAAAGAGCACAGCAAGAAGAAGAACAAGUUCAAGAAGAAGGAGAAAAGGACGGAGGGCUACGCCGCCUUCCAGGAGGACAGCUCAGCAGAUGAAGCAGAGAGCCCGUCCAAGAUGAAGCGCUCCAAAGGAAUCCACGUCUUCAAGAAGCCGAGCUUCUCCAAGAAAAAGGAAAAGGACUUCAAGGUGAAGGAGAAGGGCCCCAAGGAGGACAAGGCCAAGGAUAAGAAAUCUAAAGACCUGACGGCCGCGGACGUGGUGAAGCAGUGGAAGGAGAAGAAGAAGAAGAAGAAGCCAACAACGGAGGCAGAGCCGGUCCCGGUGGAGACCCCCACCUUCAGGCCAAUCUUUGGAGCUCCCCUGGCUGAAGCUGUGAAGAGGACUGCUCUGUAUGACGGCAUCCAGCUGCCAGCCAUCUUCAGAGAGUGCGUGGACUACAUUGAAAACUAUGGCAUGAAGUGUGAGGGCAUCUACCGGGUCUCAGGUAUGAAGUCCAAGGUGGAUGAACUGAAAGCGGCAUAUGACCGUGAGGAGUGCCCCUGCCUGGAGGAGUAUGACCCCCACACGGUCGCCAGUCUGCUGAAGCAGUACCUCCGCGAGCUGCCGGAGAACCUGCUGGGCCGAGACCUGGCCCAGCGCUUCGAGGACGCCUGCGGUCGGCAGGUGGAGGCCGAGAAGGUGACAGAGUUCCAGAGGCUGUUGACGGAGGUGUCGCCUGACAGCCGGCUUCUCCUCUCCUGGCUCGUCACGCACAUGGACCACGUCAUCGCCAGGGAGGCCGACACCAAGAUGAACAUUCAGAACAUCUCCAUCGUCCUCAACCCAACCAUACAGAUCGGGAACCGUGUUCUUUACAUGUUCUUUACACACGUGAGGGAGCUGUUUGGAGACGUAGUGCUGAAGCCGGUGGUACGACCGCUCCGCUGGUCCAACAUGGCAACAAUGCCGGCGCUGCCCGAGACACAGGAGAGCAUCAAAGAGGAGAUCAGACGACAGGAGUUCCUGUUGAACUGCCUGCACAGGGACCUGCAGGCGGGGGUGAAGGACUUGUCCAAAGAGGAGCGACUCUGGGAGGUUCAGAGAAUCCUGACAGCUCUUAAACGCAAACUGAGGGAGGCAAAACGUCAGGAGUGUGAGAGUAAAAUAGCCCAGGAGAUAGCAAGCCUUUCAAAGGAAGAUGUGUCAAAAGAGGAAAUGACUGAGAAUGAGGAGGAAGUUAUCAACCUCCUCUUAGCACAGGAAAACGAGAUCCUGACAGAGCAGGAGGAGCUGAUCUCUCUUGAGCAGGUGCUUCGCAGACAGAUAGCUACUGAGAAGGAAGAAAUCGAGAGACUGCGAGCGGAGAUUGCAGACAUACAGAGUCGGCAGCAGGGUCGCAGUGAGACGGAGGAAUAUUCAUCAGACAGUGAAAGUGAGAGUGAAGAUGAGGAAGAGCUGCAGAUGAUUUUGGAAGAUCUGCAGAAGCAAAACGAGGAACUGGAGAACAAAAACACCCACCUGAACCAGGCCAUCCACGAGGAACAGGAAGCCAUCUUGGAGCUCCGCGUCCAGCUCCGCCUCCUGCAGAGCCACAAACUGCAGCAGGAACUGACUGUCCAGCCACCAGCCGAGCAGGUGCCGCCCGCGCAGCCAAGCCCUGAGGCUCGCAACGAGGAGCAGACCAAACGCUCCGUCACCGCAGUGGCCGCCGGCCCCGACACAGCUGCCUCGGCCAACGGAAAGGCAGCUAAGGAUCCUUCAAAGCCCUCGCCAAGCAAAGACAGGAGAGACACCAACAUGUGAGAGGUCGGUGAUGUAUUCGGUGGCUCUGCGCUGCCUUGCGUCUCUGCUGUUGCGUCAGUUGUCCUGUAGUGUCACUUGUUAUCCACUGGAGAUUUCACACUGCUGGAUUCAUUAGUAAAUAGUGUCCACCAAGUGGCAGCCAUGUAAAAAGUCUCUUAUGUCUAAUGUCUUUGGCUUCCUGACUCUCUCAGUACAAAUCAAUUUCCCAUUUUCCCCCAUAGAAAACACACACACACACACACACAGAAGAGCUAGUAAUAGAGUAGCUGCUGUAAUGGACAACAGGCUUCUAGUGUGAGUGACGAGGAGGGAACAUAUCUUCAAAUCCACAGUGCCAAGCCUGUAUGGAGGAGGAGGAGGAGGGGGGUGGAUAAGGCACGAAGGGAUUUCUAAAGCGAGUAAGAGGAUAGAGGCAGUUCACAGAAAGUUUAUUUUUUACAGGUAAGGGCUUCAGAAAUAAUCACUAGAUAUAAUCUCAGCCCUGUAACUCCCUGUUUUGUCCCUUACCUGGAUGAAAAUUUGUCAUGUGAGGACAGAGACCAUUGUGCCAUACCUGAAGAUGCCAGACUGGACAAGUUCCCCCAGAGAACCACUAAUACAAAAAAGCUCUUUGAAUAAUGAAGAAUUUAUGAUCGGUCUGUCUAUAUAUUAUAUAUUUAAGUGGUAUUCUGAAGAAUACAAAUGACUAUUCAAGAAAUACAUUGAUUUUAAAUUACAGCUUUGUAGUAAUAUAUGAAUAUAUGUAUAAAUAUAUUGUAGAUGCUUUCUUUUCUUUGAACAGCAGUGGUGUUUGUACCUCGCGGCUGACCUGUGGAUGAAAACACGAACGGCAAACGAGAAACUAAAGAAUCCAUCACUGCUAAAUGUAGACAAAUAAAACAGUUUUCUCUGCAGUGCAAUCGUCCUCUCCGUUAUCUCUGCCUCUCUUUGCACAAAACAAGGAAACAUGGGAAAUGGGAUAUCAAAUCUGUAGUGAUGAUUUUUGUCUCCAGAGACACGCAGGAGGCUUGUUUUACUUUACUUGUGUACUUGUUCGUGUUUUUUAACUCUUGACGUGUGGAGUUGUUAUUCGUGGCGUCAGUCGGCAGUAAGUGAACACAACAUCAAUCAUUUCAUUUCAUAACCGACCCAUGUCUAUUGCUAAGUACUGUCAAUAGCAUGGCCUGACUUACUUACCGUAUCUGUAUAUUAUUGUAAAAUUGCAAACAUACUGUGUUUUCAGCUCUUAUGUUUUGUCAUAUGUUUUCUUUUUUAUUAUUAAUGACCUGUAUGAAGUAUGCUAGUGUGACUGCGUCUGCUUUGGUCAUGGGCAAAUCGAAGCAAUCUCAUCCGGACUCAUGAUUCAAUGUGUUUAUUAAUCCUGUGACUGAAACAGAUAAAUGCUAGAUUGGGCUCAGAAGCUUCUCAUAAGGUUAUUUUCAUAUUGUUCCAGGCUUUUGUAGCUUAUUGUUGCAGACGGAAUAAUGCUGUGAAGAAUAAAAGUGUCAAUCUGAAUCAUU